AGGAACUGAUCUACGGCUUUAACAGCUGAGUACAGUAGAUGUUGUGUGGAGACUGGAAGCGGUGUAACUCGAGGCGGGGUUAAAGUUCAACUCUAUGGAGCGGCGAAGCGCUCGUUGCAGUUCGCAGAGUUGGAAAUGUGAAAGCAAGGAGCAGGCUUGAUUUUUUUUCCCUCUCUCUCCCUUCUCUCUCUGUCUCUCUCCUUUUUUUCUUUUCACACACGGACACAACCACCACGCACACACAUACACAUACACACACGUACACGUACACAUACACAUUUACAUAUACACAUCACUUAACAUACAUAAACAAGCAGACGCUCUGUACAGGCAGACACACCUUACAAAUCCAAAAUAAAACACAGAAGGCAUGUAUUCUCCGCUAUGCCUAACACAGGACGAGUUCCAUCCCUUCAUCGAGGCCCUGCUCCCGCACGUGCGCGCCUUCGCCUACACCUGGUUCAACCUGCAGGCGCGCAAGCGCAAGUACUUCAAGAAGCACGAGAAGCGCAUGUCCAAGGAAGAGGAGCGCGCGGUGAAGGACGAGCUGCUGGGCGAGAAGCCCGAGGUGAAGCAGAAGUGGGCCUCGCGCCUCCUGGCCAAGCUCCGCAAGGACAUCCGGCCCGAGUUCCGCGAGGACUUCGUGCUCACCGUCACGGGCAAGAAGCCGCCCUGCUGCGUGCUCUCCAACCCCGACCAGAAGGGCAAGAUGCGGAGGAUCGACUGCCUGCGCCAGGCCGACAAGGUGUGGCGGCUGGACCUGGUGAUGGUGAUUUUAUUCAAAGGUAUUCCCCUGGAAAGUACUGACGGCGAGCGGCUGGUUAAGUCCCCGCAGUGCUCGAACCCCGGGCUCUGCGUGCAGCCCCACCACAUAGGAGUGUCGGUUAAGGAGCUCGACUUGUACCUGGCCUACUUCGUACACGCGGACACAGGACAGUCUGACAGCCCGAACCAGCCCAGUGACGCUGACAUCAAGGACCAGCCAGAAAAUGGACAUCUGGGCUUCCAGGACAGUUUUGUCACGUCAGGUGUCUUCAGCGUUUCUGAGCUGGUGCGAGUUUCACAGACGCCCAUCGCCGCCGGAACGGGGCCCAACUUCUCGCUGGCGGACCUGGACAGCUCCUCCUACUACAGCAUGAGCCCGGGGGCCAUGCGGCGGCCCCUCCCAUCCUCUGACUCAAGCGACUCGGCGAAGCGGAUCAAGUGCAUGGAGGACGAGGUGGACAGUCCGGAGGAGUCGUACUACCCAGGCCAGGGCCGGUCCCCAGGGAGCGGGAGCCAGGCCAGCAGCUGGCACGAAGUGGAACCAGCUGGAUAUAAACUGCGCGGCUCGCUAGCUAGUACGUUCAUCUCAAGACAAGCGAGUCCACACACCACGCCGUCGAGUCUCCACUUCCCGACGUCCCCCAUCAUCCAGCAGCCCGGCUCGUACUUCUCCCACCCGGCCAUCCGGUACCACCCCCAGGAGACGCUCAAGGAGUUCGUCCAGCUCGUCUGCCCCGACAGCGCUCAGCAAGCGGGGCAGGUGGGCUUCCUUAAUCCCAACGGGAGCAGUCAGGGGAAGGUACACAACCCCUUCCUCCCCACGCCCAUGCUGCCCCCCCCUCCGCCCCCGCCCAUGGCACGGCCCGUGCCCCUGCCCGUGUCCGACUCCAAACCCCCCUCCACCUCCAGAGGGGGGGGCAACUCCCCCACCUCGCCAACCUACUCCACGCCCACCACGUCCCCGGCCCAGCGGUUCGUCAGCGUGGGCCCUCGAGAUCCCAGCUUUGUAAAUAUCCCUCAGCAGCCUCAGUGGUACCUGGGCUAAGGCCUCCGGACUUUCAGCGGCCGCUCGACAGACCACUCGCCCCCCCGCUGUGCCCCCCCCAGUGAGACCUGC